UGGUGGUAAUGGACCUCCAGCAGCAAUCAAUGCGAUCAUGAAUCAGCUCAGCGCUUUCCUAGGCCCACCUGGUCCUCCUGCUCCAUUCGCAGCUCCGCCAAAUCCGCCAGGAGCGAACGGCAAUGGGCCCAGCCAACCGAGCGCACAAGCUGCCGCUGGAGCUUCGCAUGGCCCGCCGACUAACCCCGACUUGGAGACAACCGAGACUGAAGCUGGAGAGUGGGUCAAUGACAUGGACUGAACACUCCUCUGGACAGGAAUCCCACGGAGGGUUCCACACUAAUCAGUAUCAGAGACAAAUGCAGAGCCCAUAGGAGUCAUAGAAGGUCAAGAAUGGCGGAAUCAAGUGCAGCGACGAUCGGAAAAGAAUACAACAGCAGUUGUCAUUUUCCGAUGACCCAAGUUCAACACUGUUGAGAUGGCUCGGAGAAAUCGAUGAUGCGUCUUGAAUGCUGCUGACGGCGAAACUCUCGCCAAUGCAGACGUGAAUCGCAAAGGGAAGCAAGUACUUUAAGAUCACGCCUUGCUGUGGAAAUAG